GAAUAUAUUUUUGAAUUUUUAAGGAUAUAAAGUACCUUUUGUACUAAUUUAUAAAUGAAAAAGUUAUUGUGUUGUAUUUUCCAUAGUAAAAAAAGAAUUAACUUUUAUAAAACAACUCGUAAUGGAGGUACGUUGUCGAUUAUGUGCUGAACCGUACCAUAAUCAAAUCGAAAUUAUUGAAGAUAGUCGAUUUUUGUCAAUGGUAAAUUAUCUGUUUCAACUGCAAAUUCAUUUAGAUGAUAAAAUGCCUUCCACUGUAUGUCAGGAAUGUUAUCAAAUUGUUGAGCGAACCUGGCAGUUUAAGGAACAAGUUGAUAAAUCCCAACUAAUUUUGUCAGAUUUAGUAGCAGUUGAGACUAUUUCAAAUAAUAUAAUACCAAACCCACCGAAUGAUGUUGUUUUCGAAGAAGACUGCAAAACAAGUCAGUGUUUUGAACUUGUAGAUAACCAAUUAGUUGAAGAAACCGCUCCAUUAGAAUUUCAAAAUCUUGAACAAACUGAACAGAUUCAAAUUGUACAAAUUAAAAAAAAUAGCAAGCCUUCAAAAAAGGGGAAACAGAUAAAUAAGAAAUCUAAAGCAACAGAGUCUGGAAACUUGAAGGAAAUAGAAUAUAUUAAUCCAGAUGGUAGUGUAAUUCCCAAAUCUGGAAUUUCUGGCUGGGAUUCAUAUCAAUGGAGCUGUUUUGACUGCAAUAGUACAUUUCAAUUAACAGAUGAAUUAAGGGAACAUUUUAAUAAUGUACAUAAUAGUAAUAUUAGAUACCCUUGUAUGGAUUGCUCUAAGGUCUACUCAAAAUACACAACAUUUAUUAGCCAUGUAAGAUUUCAUCGACCUCAUUUAAAGUACUCGUGUGAUAUUUGUUACAAAUGGUAUGGAACAGCAAAGGAAGUUGACCAGCAUCGUAGUUCACACUUUGAAGAGCGACCAUAUCAUUGUAAUACAUGUGGAAAAAGAUUUAGAAUUCAAUCAAAUUUAACUUCACAUACAAGGUCACAUUUACCAGAAGAGCUAAAAAAUGUCUAUUAUUGUGAUUUAUGUCCAAAAAAAUUUGUUUGGUUAAUUAUAGGUACUAAACCAAAUCUAAUGGCACAUAAAAGAAUACACUUAGGCAUAAAGGACUAUACAUGUGAUCACUGUGGGAAAAGUUUCGUUUUAAAAGGGAAUUUGGAUAAUCAUAUAUUGACUCAUAAUUCAGCUAGACCUUAUAAAUGCACAGUAUGUGAUAAGACUUUUAAAAGUUUGCUUCGUCUUAGAAAACACAAUUCUGUCCAUUCCGGACUUAAACCUCAUAGAUGUGAUAUUUGUGGAAAGGAAUUUCGGGAAAGAGGAACUUUAAAAGAACAUCAUAGGAUACAUACUGGUGCGAUGCCAUUUACUUGUGAAUUUUGCGGGAAAUGUUUUAGAUUUAAGGGCGUCUUGACUACACAUAGAAGACAACAUACAGGCGAAAGACCGUAUUCUUGCAACGAGUGCCAACACCAUUUUACCAACUGGCCCAACUACAACAAACAUAUGAAGCGGCGACACGGCAUCAACACCAGCGUGACGUGCCGGACGAGACAGGACAUUCCGCCCACAGGCAAGCCCCAUCGAAAUCCACCGGGCACGGUGUUGGCCCCUCCGCAAGCCAGCGUCGUGAACGAGCCUUCGGUUUUGCCGCUGGAAACCUACGAAGCGCAGACCACGACUUUUUACCCAGUAGUAGGCAUAUACGGAAUACCAGAGGAGAUGUUGCAACAUAGAGUUUAAGUGGAUAAUAGGACGCAGGUGAUACGUCAUCAUUAAUUAUUGGUUAGUUCAUACUUCGGAUACACUGGUCUGCGUGAAAAUUGUCCCUGACUCUCUUAUCGAUUCAUAAUAUGUAAAAUGACCUCCUGAUCAUCCAUUAUAUUCAAAUUUGAUCUCCGUUUCAUCCAUUACCCCUCGUUUUUGAGGGAGACCUCUCUCUUUUCGAUGCCAUUUUUUUACCAGGGUUGAAAAACAUGUUCUUUUUAUUUUUAAACAAAACUUUUUUUUUUGUUUACAACGCUUUAUUAUUUAUUAAACACGAUUUUAAACUCCAAGUUGGAAUUAUGUUUAAAAUAGUGAUGGGAAUACCAGUUCCACAUUAGUCGCGUUACAGUAGCGACCGUUAUAGAGAAUAUCGCGAUUUUGUAACCAAGGCUCCGGCUUCCAAGUGUCGAUGUCCUGUAUGCGGUAUUUCUGGUCACUCUACCUACCUACCCCUCUCCCUGCUGUUAUCUCUGUGUCUGUGCAAAUUCAUAAACCCCCAAAUUUGUAAACAGUAAACAACAUGCAGAUGGCUAGAAGAAUUUAGUUAUGUUAGCUUUUAAUUUUGAAAAUAAAACUAUUAAAUAAAAAAUAUAAAAUAUAUAAUUUAUUGGUAUUCAAUACUUUUUAUUCGCCAUCUUUUCUUCACACUGAACAAUAGCUUUUUAUAAGUUUUAUAUUUUUGCCAAUAAUAUUUAGAUUUAUAUUCUUCUGAUACAAGUUAUAACCGUUAGAAUCUAAAUUAAAAUACAUACAUUUGUAAGAUAUCAAUUGCAGAUAUGAAUGUAAGAUAUCAAUCAAUCAACUUUACAAAUUUCCUUUUUUUUUUCGGUCAUAUAUUUCUACUUUUUUAUUUUUUUUUAUUUUUGAAAAAGUGUUUAUAAUGUACCUACCUAACGUGUAUUUAUUAUCAAUCAAAAAUGCCUGGUACAGCGACCGAUCAAAGCACGACCGCUACGUACUUACCAGUUCCAGUUACUACUGUUCGCGCAGUGGCGCGACCACUGGCACUGGAGCGAAAUACGUCGCGGUGUAGGUCGUUACCAGUUACAUCUCUUCGCAACAGACGAAGCGGUCGAGAACAUGCGACGCUAUGUACUUACCAGUUCCAGUUACUGCUGUUCGCGACAUAUACGUAUUAUUUAAAAAUUCGCGACCCUAGUAGCGGUUCGAGUUAACUCCAAGAGCGAUUAUAAAUACAUUAUUUGCAAACUAUAGUUAAUAAAUAAUUUAUAGUUUUGUCGUUAUUAUACGAG